UAGUACCACUUACCUCUCACUCACUCGUCACCGAACGUUUCUGUCUCUCUUUCUGUGUGUUUGUGUGGUUCAGCGCAUUUGAUACAAGAUAUAGGAAAAUGGGGUCAUGGCGGUGGUCCUCCACCUCUGCCUUUUACCCCAGCUACUGCCGUUGUCAUGCUCCUCUCUCCCUCCAUAAUUUUUCAUUUUCAACACCUUCUUCUUCUUUCAAGAUUUCUACUGGAAUUAAGGCUAGGCUUCAGCUUCAACACUACAACAAAAAAACCACCACCAACAACAACGUCAAGAACAGGAAAAACUUCACUGGUUUCAGAGAUAUAAUCGUCAGAUGCACCAGCGACACAUCCAACACCGACUUGGAAGAAAAACAGCAAGAACAAGAAGCUGUUGGUUUUGAUUCCGUGAGUACAGGACAGGACAAUAAUAAAGUCGUUGCUAUCUUAGCUGAAAAUUCUAAAGAAGAAGAAGGAAUAUUAGAAUUAGUAUGGGAAUGGGCAGUGCUAGUUUCGCCAUUCUUCUUCUGGGGUACAGCUAUGGUGGCCAUGAAAGAAGUGAUUCCAAAGUAUGGCCCUUUCUUCGUUUCCGCCUUUCGUACCAUCCCAGCUGGCUUUCUCUUGAUCGCAUUCGCGGCUUCGCGUGCUCGCCCCUUUCCUUCUGGACUCACCGCUUGGCUUUCCAUCACUCUCUUCGCUCUUGUUGAUGCCGCUUGUUUCCAGGGCUUUCUUGCUGAAGGGUUACAGAAGACAUCGGCUGGUUUGGGUAGCAUAUGGAUUCAAACACUUUCUUCCAGGGGACCGAUUACAUGGAUAAAUUUUUUUUGGAAGAAAGCAAUUCCUCAGGUGAUAAUUGACUCUCAACCUUUAACAGUGGCUAUACUUGCGUCUUUGUUAUUUGGUGAGUCCAUUGGGUUUGUUGGAGGUGCAGGGCUUGUACUUGGUGUCAUAGGACUUUUACUCCUUGAGGUAUCUGCAAUUUCUUUUGAUAGCAGUAACUUUACAUUGUGGGGAAGUGGGGAGUGGUGGAUGCUUCUUGCAGCUCAGAGCAUGGCAAUUGGCACAGUCAUGGUCCGCUGGGUUUCCAAGUACUCUGAUCCUAUCAUGGCAACUGGAUGGCACAUGGUUAUUGGUGGCCUCCCUCUUGUGACAUUCUCCAUUCUUAAUCAUGAUCCUGCUGUCACUGGGAGUCUAAAGGAGUUCACUGCUAAUGAUGUUUUGGCACUCCUGUAUACUUCCAUUUUUGGAAGUGCUGUAAGCUAUGGUGUAUUUUUCUAUAAUGCAACAAAAGGUAGCCUGACAAAGCUGAGCUCCCUUACCUUUCUAACCCCAAUGUUUGCUUCAAUUUUUGGGUUUAUAUAUCUUGGUGAGACCUUCUCACCCUUGCAACUAGUUGGGGCUGUUGUUACUUUGGUUGCAAUAUACAUGGUUAACUAUAGGAAUGUUGUGGAAUGAAGCAUUCCUAUGAUCAAUAUGGGUCGAUUUAAGAUUUAAAUGAAAGGAAUGCAAUGCUCAUCUGAAUGCUGUGGAAUGAAGCAUAUGAUCAAUAUGGGCUGAUUUGACAUUUGAACGAAAGGAAAGAAAUGCUCGUUUGAAGGCUACCUCUUGAUCCUCAUGACUUGGUUUGGAGAUGUUUGUAGUAUGUAUGAACAUAAACUUGGAUACAUAUUAGAAUGAAUCAAUAAACCAUUCAAGUAGUAAUGCAAACCUGUAAAUAUGGUUCCCAAUUCUUGUCAAUUUCUAAGCUUUAGUGAGGAUUUAAAAGGUUGGAGCUAUUAUCUCAGAGCUAUGGUAUCAUGGUAGAUUGCUUGUGGAAAGCCCAUGUCAGCCCCAAGCCCUAAUUAGGGAUUAGUUAUUUCCAGUUUUGUUUUUCUGGAGAAGGAUCAAGGUAUAAUAUGCGCUUGAUGUUAUUUGUGACAGAAACCAGUAUUGAAAAUCAUUGUGUCCAAAAUGGCUCAAGUCUUUUGUAUUGAUUUGGUGUAUGAUGUCGAUUGGAACUAAAAUACAUUUUGAGAUUGUUCAACAGUAUUGAAAUUUUAAUGUGAAUUUACUAUUUUUCAAUUUUA